AUGGCUGCGGCGUUUCAGGUUCAGGGUUGGGGAUCUUGUUUUUUUUUUUUUUUGCAUUAUUUGCCCGCUAUCAUCAUUCUAGGCGAUCGGGUUUUUGGCGACAUACAAUCGCACCAAUGUGCCCUUAUGGACGAUAGCUGUAUACAUAAUAAGUCAUUCUUACCUUAUGGAGAACUUUGGCACUGCCUUAUCUCUCCCGACUCUAACGGCCAUUGGAGCCUUGAGGUAUCAAGUACCUCAGUAGGUAGCUUGAAGAACUGGAAAGAGGCUCAGAAUCUUCCUGGGUACAAAGAUACUUCUGUAGUUUGCACCUGCCCUGUCGGAUACCUUAGAGGCUAA